UAUACUUGAUGAAUUUCUAGUUAGCUCUUAGAGCUCUUCUUCACAAACUGUUACUAAUUUUUGGGUCAUGCGUGGUUCAAAGAUGGAAUAACUAUUACAUGGCUAUGGUAUCUAUUGUUGAUGGUGAGACAAGGUCCAUAUAGAGAAGCAUGGUAGAAGGUCCCUAGAAGUUUCUAUCUGGAGUUUGUUGCCCCACUGCCACGGAAGGAGCAAGGAUUACCCAAUAUCCUGUAUCAUGGAAGGAGGAGAUAUUGGGUGUAAAGAAGAUGAUGAAGAUAGGGAAUUGAUUGUACAGUCCAAGCAUGAUAGACCAAGUGGUACUCUUACUGAUAAUGGAGCCCAAAACCCAAAAAAAAAGGAUGAAGAGGAUGAUAAUGAUUCAGUUCUCCUAAAAGAUACAGCCUUUCAGAAUUUUUAUGAGUCCUUUUUGAAAGAUAGCACCACUCCUCCUUCUGGCUUGAAACUUGCAAUAACAUCCCAAUUGCUAGAUAGGGUAAACACAGCACUGUCUGUAGAACAUGACAAUAACCACUCAGCUCCUGCAAAUGUAAAUUGCGCAUCAACAUCUAGCAGCUAUUCUGCACCUCAGCUCCCUCCAGAAAAGUUGAAGGCUACAAACUUUCAGGCCAAGGCACUUCUGAUAGGAUCAUGGAGGAGAGUAGCUGAAGUACCAAAUGGCUUGGUGGUAAAGAUAUAUUUUGCAAAAAGAAAGCUGAUAUGGGAAAUUAUGGAAGAUGGAUUGAAGAACAAGAUUGAAAUCGAAUGGGCUGAUAUCUUGGCCUUGCGUGCAUACUCAGAGGAUGAUGGGACUGAGGUUCUGCAAGUUGAGUUAUGCCAACCGCCUCAGUUCUUUCGUGAACAAAAAACAAACCCAAGAUCACACACUCAAUGGAGAGCUACAGGGGAUUUUACCAAUGGACAGGCCCUAUUCUGCAGGAGGCACAAAGUAAUAUGUGCUCCAGGGGUUCUCUUCAAAGAAGUUGCAAGGCUUCUCCAAUAUGACAGCCACCUAAACAAGCUGAAGGAUCGUAAUUUUCCAAGCUUAGACUCCCUUUAUUUUGAUUCAAGGCCACCAGUCAUCCACUCCAAUAAUCAAUUUCAACCCAUUUUCAAGGCUGAGGUUCUGAAUUCUCCCUUAGAUCAGGCACAAAGGUCGUCAAUCAUUUAUGGCAAGCUUAGCAUGCAGCAAACUACAACCCUCCAGUCACAAGUACCAGAUGGCUGCAUGAACAUCCAAGCAGGUGAAAAUUCAGGGCUUGUGUAUCUUGGUGGAGGGAUGAGCAAUUUUCCAGAUAGUUCUCAAUUGGGCAACAGUUUCGGAGAUGUUCAAUUCAGGAACAUAUAUGCAGAUGCUGUUCAAGAGAUGAACAAUUUUGGAAACAAUAACCAAGUGAUGAAUCCAGCUACUUCUUUUGAGAGCUAUAAUUUGGCAGCCUAUUAUUCUCCUCAAGGUGCUGAAGAGCCUAGCUUUUCAGGCUAUGAUUAUGAACCACUUGACCUUCUGUUGGCUAGAUAUAGAAAGGAUUUUGGCUAGGAACAAGGAUGAAAUUCCCUUCUUCUUUUUUUUUUUCUUUUUGGUUUCAUAAAAAUAUGGUACUUAGCUUCUGUUUUUGGAUCAAAUUGGAUUCUAGUUUCAAGUUGUUUUUUCCCAGGAAAUUGAUAGUUGUUU